UUGCCCAGCACUUCCCAUUCCAUUUGUGCUUGCCCAGGGUGGAGGCUGCCCUUCCUGCUCAUCCAUCCCCAGAACAAGAGUGCCCAUACAUCUGAGUCACGAUGGGCAAGAUGGACAACACCUCCGUGGAGCUCAGCUCUCCCUCCGAGGUGAAGCAGGCGGCCCUGGAGGAGUCAGAGCCCAUCACCCCUGACGCUGUGAGCACCAAGAAGAAGAAGGAAAUCCCAGACAGAGGUUCCUGGAAGGGAAGAUUUGAUUUCUUGCUGUCCUGCGUGGGUUAUGCUAUUGGGCUGGGCAACGUCUGGCGCUUCCCCUAUCUCUGCGGCAAGAACGGAGGAGGGGCCUUCCUCAUCCCCUAUUUCCUGACUUUGGUGUUUGCUGGGAUUCCUCUCUUCCUGCUAGAAACUGCUUUGGGCCAGUAUACCUCUGUCGGUGGAUUGGGAGUCUGGAAGUUAGCGCCCAUGUUUAAAGGAGUGGGACUGGCAGCUAUGGUUCUCUCCUUCUGGCUGAACAUCUACUACAUUGUCAUCAUUGCCUGGGCUCUCUACUAUCUCUUCAACUCUUUCACUGCGGACCUGCCGUGGCAGAGCUGCGGGAAUGCCUGGAACACCGAUCGCUGCUUCUCUAACUACUCCCUGGGCGACACCACCAACCUCACCAGCGCUGUCACCGAGUUCUGGGAGAGGAACAUGCACCAGAUGUCUGGAGGCUUGGGGGAGCCCGGCAACAUCCGCUGGCCCCUGGCCGGCACACUGGCCCUGGCAUGGCUAAUGGUCUACUUCUCCAUCUGGAAGGGCGUGGAGUGGACAGGCAAGGUGGUGUAUUUCUCAGCCACCUACCCCUACUUCAUGCUUUUCAUCCUCUUCUUCCGGGGAGUCACACUGCCAGGAGCCAAGGAGGGGAUCCUCUUCUACCUCACACCCGACUUCAGAAAGCUGUCUGACUCUGAGGUCUGGAUGGAUGCAGCCACACAGAUCUUCUUCUCUUACGGCCUGGGGUUGGGGUCUUUGAUCGCUCUGGGGAGCUAUAACACUUUCCACAACAACGUCUACAGAGACUCCAUCAUUGUCUGCUGUAUAAACUCUACCACAAGCGUGUUUGCUGGGUUUGUUAUUUUCUCUAUUGUUGGCUUCAUGUCACACAUCACGAAGAAGUCAAUCUCAGAACUGGCCUCCUCUGGCCCUGGACUGGCUUUCCUCGCCUACCCGCAGGUUGUCACACAGCUGCCCCUGUCCCCUCUCUGGUCGAUCCUCUUCUUCUCCAUGCUGAUGAUGUUGGGUCUGGAUAGUCAGUUCUGCACUGUGGAAGGAUUCAUUACAGCCCUGAUGGAUGAGUAUCCUCAUCUCCUGAGAGCCAGGAAGAAGGUCUUCAUUGCAGUAGUCUGUUUCAUCUCUUAUCUCAUUGGAUUCUCCAACAUCACCCAGGGUGGCAUUUAUGUCUUCAAGCUGUUUGAUUACUACUCUGCUAGUGGCAUGUGUCUUCUCUUUCUUGUCUUCUUUGAGACCAUCUCAAUUUCUUGGUGUUAUGGUGUGAACAGGUUUUAUGGGAACAUUGAAGAAAUGAUUGGCUACAAACCUUGCAUGUGGUGGAAGAUCUGCUGGGCCUUCUUCACUCCUGUUGUCUGCCUGGGCGUGUUCUUCUUCAGUGUGGUGGAAAUGACCCCUCUGACACUGGGAAAAUAUGUCUAUCCGGUGUGGGGACAAGGCAUUGGUUGGCUUAUGGCUCUGUCCUCCAUGAUACUGAUUCCAGGAUACAUGCUGUACUGUUUCUUCACCUCAACAGGGACCCUCCGGCAGCGCUUGCAGCAGAUGACACAGCCCAGGCCAGAGGUGCAUGCUCAGAACAACGGCCUCCAGCCAAAGACGUCUUUGAACGGGAGGAUCUCGGAUGCUGCUGUUUAGGAGAGCCUGGACCUCCUCACCCUGCCCUGUAGCUGCUCACGCCACGUUGUCCCCCCAGCUCCUCCGGCACAGCUCGCUGUCCCUGGCUCUGCAGUGGCUUUCACUUCUCCAAGACAGAACCUGGCAGAGGAACCCUCUAGCUCCUCUUCUUCCCAGCCUGGCUUACCAAGGCCCUGCAGGACUGCCACCGGUGACCACCUCCUGCAACAUCCUGGUCCAGGCUCUCACAGAGAACUGGCUGGUGCCCAGGUCUUCCUCCUCCUGACAAGGAGAGCUUAGACUGAUUGCUGACCACUUGUAAACCUUUCCUUUGCCUGUCCCUGUGAACCUUCACAGAGCAUCCCAUAGCACACAGCUGUGCUGUCACCCCAGAGAGCCAGGUGACACCAGGUUCAAAUCCCAGAUGGUUAGUGAGUGAUCUAGCAUAAACCAGCACUAGCCAAUGCAUAACUGGAGGGGAUGUGGCCCAAUGAGGGAUUCCAGUGAGGAGUCCAGCAUGCUGGUAGCUGUAGAAUAUCACCCCCAAAAUGGAGUAGGGCAUCAGGACAGUGUGUGCUGCUCAUAGGUGCUGUGUUUCACCCCUGCUCAGUCUCCAGCCAUUUCUACUGCAUCCAUUGGGGCUGGUAAUGUGAGCCAGAGCCUAGCAAUUUAGGCAACCUUUUCAUUCUGAAGCAUCCUGCCCCUUCAGUUGUGUGAAGCAGCCACUUUGUGACCCUAAAAUACAGUUAAAAGGGUGCGUGGAGUGCUUUUAGCUAGAAGCUCACCAAGUCUCCUACACUGACCACUGUCUGCUGCAACCAGCUGUGUGCAGAGGCAAGGGGUGUGCUGUGUGAUGGGGUGACUUUCCAUCACAGUGCAAAUCUCCUCCAACUGGAACAGGGUAGUUCCUGCCAAGCACCCUCCCUGGCUGUGUCCCACAGUGGUAAGCAGUAAGAUGCAGCAUAGUGCCCAUGGGUGGUUUAGCUUAUACCUCUUUGGGAAGUGGCAAUGCUGAAGUCCCAGCUAGUGGAAUGCAGGAGCUCCUGGAGGAGCUGGUAGGAUGUAACCACCAUGCUUGCAUCUACCCCUGUGAACCAGUGCUGGCUGACUUCGGGAAGUGUCUGUACAGACAGCUGCUGAUGCUGGCACAUCCCAGCUCCCAGGACAAAUAUCACAGGGGCCAGGAGCUGUUGUAAAUGGUGCUGGAGGAGUGUAUAACAGCUCAGAGAAGGCUGGGAAAGGGUUUCAGAGCAGCAGCGUAUUUCUUGUUUAUAAGGCCUUGAGAAAGGAGGUGACUCAUCAUAGCACCAUGUGCAGGUGUGACAGUGAUGCUCCCAUUUGUGACAGCCUCCCAAUGACCGCAUGCAGAGAUACCCAUGUACUCAGAGCAUUUGAUGAGCUCCUGUCAUGCCUAAGCACACACGGUGUGACUUAGUGCAAAUUAGCCUCUCCUCUCCCUUGGCACCCUGACAGCAUUGCCAGGUCUGCUCACACUCCCAGGUUCAGCUCAGAAUCAACAUUCAGAACUGAGUGCCCUAGAAAACAUAUGUCCCACUCAUGCUUCCUACCAAAGGGUCUGGUCUUGUAGGGGAAGUGCUGAAGUGCCCCAGGAUCCCACUGCAGGGACUAGCUGAGGGAAGGGUGAACCUCUGCGCAAUUGCCCUGCGCUCCCAUAGGAACUGCAAAAUGAUGCAGGAUGGCUGUCUGUCCCUGCCUGUGGCCAACCUGCUCGUCCACUAGUGUUCCAGCCUGAGGAUCAGUAAUGUAAAGAGGAAAAAAGUUGUCUGGUUAAAGCUGAAAUCAGUGACCUUUGGGGUUGGGUCCCCUGCCAGUAUGCCAAUGCAUCGCAACUAACACUGCUUUAGGUGUGUGACCAGUUUGUAUUUGUACCCUGUCUCUUAGUGGUUGUGGAUGCCAGGCCCUGUCCC